AUGCAGAGUCAUCGACGGCUGGAUGCGUACGUGCCAAGUCUAGUGGGUGUUGAUUCAGCCAGAGAGGCCGGUAUUCGAGGAAACGACGUAGUUGUGGGCAUCACGGACACGGGAUUGUAUCUGUACCACGACCAAUUCGAUCAAGAUGAACGCGAUAUUUUCGUAAGUAUUAAGCUAUCGGCGCGCAAAGUCGUCAUGUACAAUGGCUGGGCAAACAAAGCGGAUGAAGCCGAAACUAUCACUUGUGGCCACGGUACUCACGUCGCUGGGCUGUUAGCUGGCAGCUCGUUUAGCGGUAAACAUGCCAAUCUUGGCAUUGCCGACAAGGCACGGAUAGCAUUUAUGGACAUCGGGACCCAGAGCGAAACCUGCACAGGUCAGCUGCAUUGUGCCGUGUCACUAGCCACACCUGCAGACGCCAGCGACUUGCUAGAGAGUCAAAUUGACGCUGGUGCCAAGAUUUUCUCAUUCUCGUGGGGCACACCUGGGUCGGAUUACAGCUCACAAGCCAGAGAUUUGGACGCUUUUAUUUACGAAAACCCAGACGUCCUGGUGGUUGUGGCGGCAGGCAACAGUGGCGAGUCUUCGACCACUGGUCAGCGCACCAUUUCAUCUCCAUCCGGUGCCAAAAACGUAAUUUCGGUUGGCGCAUCGCUGAACUCUGCAGCUUCUUUCACGGACUUUGGGUGCCCUGAUGUAUUCAAUGAGCGCACAGUUGCAUCGUUUUCCUCUGCAGGGCCCACAACGGACGGGAGGUUAAAGCCGGAUGUUGUUGCGCCGGGUAUGAGCCUCUUGUCUAGUCAAUCAGAAGCACCGGGAUCUACUAAAGAGAGUUCAGCCACGUGCUCACUCCAGGGCACGUCACAGGCCACGCCGGUGAUCACUGGUGUCGCUGUACUUCUUUAUGAGUGGCUCCGAGACGGCUGGUGGAAGAAUGGGACCAAGAACCCAGCGUAUGCCAUGAAAACGGUGCCUGCUUCGCUCUUGAAGGCGCUAAUAAUUCACAUGGUGUUGUCUCCUGUUCGAGUUUGGCUUCCGACGCUACAGAUGUGA